CGCACACCGAUAGUCCACGGGCUGCGGGAAUAUGAGCACCGCUUUGUUCAGCAGUGACGCAGAGAACGUCAUCCAUCGGACCCUGAGCACUCCGGAUCUGGGUGCCGGUACACGUCCCGGGGGGUCCCUGGAGGAGAUCUAUGAAAUUCAGAAGACCGUUGAGUUUAUUCAGGAGAAAGGGGCCAAAAAGGUGGCUCUGCAGUUCUCUGAUGACCUUCUGGUAGAAUCGGUCAGUAUUGCCAGAAAAUUGGAAGAUGCUACCGGGGUGAGAAUGUACAUCCUGGCGGACACGUCGUACGGCAGUUGCUGUGUGGAUGAGGUGGCGGCGGAACACGUUGGCGCUGACAUCCUGAUCCAUUAUGGCCGAGCGUGUCUGAGCCCGAGCAACCGGCUGCCCGUCAUGUAUGUUUUUGGCCAGAAAGCGCUGAAUGUAAAUCUGUGUGUAGAAAGUUUUCAGAACUUGUUCCCCGACUGCAAAACUCCCGUGGUGGUCUUCAGUGAUGUGCUGUACCAACAUGCUCUAGGUGAAUUGGAAGCCCGCCUGGGUCAGAAUUACCCCGGUGUUGUUUUUACGAAGCUCUCCCGGGUCAGCGAUGUUCCUUCUCCCAGUGAGGUCCGCAGGUUUGGCCGGAGUUUCUCUCCUGAUCCGACCCUCUGGCCAGAGGCCUACAGUUUCUUCUAUGUCGGGGGAGAAGGUCCAACCCUCAACAACCUCCUGCUGGCCUGGCCAGGGUGCCCUUUCUUUAGCUUCAACCCUGAGACCGGGGAGGGCAGGAAGGAAGGACUGAACGUCAACCGCGCCCUGAUGAAACGCUUCUAUCUGAUAGAGAGGGCUCGGGACGCCCAGGUUGUGGGGAUUGUGGUGGGCACUCUGGGUGUGUCGGACUAUCUGUCCGCUCUGGCCCACCUGAAGGACGUCAUCCACCGAGCUGGGAAGAAGAGUCACAUGCUGUCCAUGGGGAAGCUGAACCCGGCUAAGCUCGCUAACUUCCCAGAGGUGGACAUCUUUGUGCUGGUGGCCUGUGCCGAGAACUCUUUGCUGGACUCCAGCGAAUUCUACCGGCCCAUCGUGACUCCGGAUGAGAUGGAGGUGGCGUGUAACCCGGCGCGGGAGUGGGGCGGCUGCUGUGUCACCGAAUUCCGAGAGCUGCUUCCAGGUGGAUCAGCACACGUUCCAUUCCCAGAUGUGGACCCCGAGGACGCGGACAGGACGGACGUCUCUUUGAUCACCGGGGAGUUGAGAUCCAUUCGCUUUUCUGCCGCAGAGCCACCUGGGGAAAAGGCGAUGGGCACGGUGGUGGUGCGGAGGAACACCGAGACCACCGUGGCAGAGCUCGGACCAGCCGGUCAAGGUCCUCGUGUCUACAGGUAUACAGGUCAUGGUCCUCGUGUCCACAGGUCACGGUCCUCAUGUCUACGGGUCCUCAGAAUCGCACCUCCGAAGCUUUCAUCCCCCUCCGACCUCCGAGACGCCCCCCGCCUUCCCCCGGCCCGGCCGCCUUUCAGCAUCGUGCAGUUGGAGGUGAUAAGAAGGAUUGUCAAUACUCUGCAGGUCUCUGCGUUCAUAGUAAUGGGGACGCGCGUUCUGCGCCGAUCGGCCGCGAUGGAAAGAUUUCACGAAUUAACUUUGUAUCAGCGUAGAAUAUACCGCGUCACAGAAAUCAAUAUAUGUCUCGGUGACAUUGUUGAUAAGCACAAGUAG